AUGGACUCUUCAACUCCACGUCCUUUACAUACUCUUCGUGAUCUAUUGUCAUCUGUAAACGAUCCUAAAAAAUCUUUGGCACAAGUUAAGAGUGAAAAGCGAACGAAAAACUUGGCAAUGAAAUAUAAUCAUAAUUCUUCAACUCCACUUCCUUUACAUACUCUUCGAGAUCUAUUCAAAGUAAGAUUUCAUCCUAUGAAGUUUGUCAUCUGUAUUGAAAGUUAA